CGCCGCCCAGCCGCGGACUCGGGCAGCCUCUUCUGCUGUCCGGGCCUGCGUCUCCGCGUCUUUCUGCACGAUGACCGGAGGAACUCCCGGGCCUCCGUGGUCCUGGGUGUGGGGAGCCCCCGGGCCGCCGCGUGCAACACGUAGGCGCGGAGGGGGGAGGGGGGAGAGGCCGGCGGGUCACUCGCGCCCCACCCCGCCCGCCUCCGGGCCGGCCCACCCGCCGCCCCUUUAUCAGGCUGCCGGGCGCUGGGGGACGCCGAGGGCGGCGGUCCGAGUGGGCCUGCUUUGCCGUUUCGCUCCGCCGCAGCUCCCUGCCUGGCCCACGGCCAUGGCCACAGUGGUGGCCCAGAGGCUCAGCCAUCUCCUGCCCAGUUGGCGGCAGGCCCACCAGGAGCCUCAGCCCUCUGGGCAGCCCGAGCCUGUGUUCACAGUGGAUCGCACCCAGGUGCCACCCCUCUUCUGGAAGCCGUACGUCUACGCAGGCUACCGGCCACUGCAUCAGACCUGGCGCUUCUACUUCCGCACGCUGUUCCAGCAGCACAAUGAGGCGGUGAACGUGUGGACCCACCUGCUGGCGGCCCUGGCGCUGCUGCUGCGGCUGGCCAUCUUCGUGAGGUCGGUGGACUUCUGGGGAGACCCGCACGCCCUGCCCCUCUUCCUCAUCGUCCUUGCCUCCUUCACCUACCUCUCCCUCAGUGCCCUGGCUCACCUCCUGCAGGCCAAGUCCGAGUUCUGGCAUUACAAUUUCUUCUUCCUGGACUACGUGGGUGUAGCCGUGUACCAGUUUGGCAGCGCCCUGGCGCACUUCUACUAUGCCAUCGAGCCUGCCUGGCACGCGCAGGUGCAGACUGUCUUCCUGCCCCUGGCCGCCUUUCUCGCCUGGCUUUCUUGCACUGGCUCCUGCUACAACAAGUAUAUCCAGAAGCCUGGCCUGCUGGGCCGCACUUGCCAGGAGGUGCCCUCGGCGCUGGCCUAUGCCCUGGACAUCAGCCCCGUGGUGCACCGCAUCCUGGUGUCCCCUGACCCUACCACAGAUGACCCGGCUCUCCUCUACCACAAGUGCCAGGUGGUCUUCUUCCUGCUGGCUGCCGCCUUCUUCUCCGCCUUUGUGCCCGAGCGCUGGUUUCCCGGCAGCUGCCACAUCUUCGGGCAGGGCCACCAGGUCUUCCACGUCUUCCUGGUGCUGUGCACGCUGGCUCAGCUGGAGGCCGUGGCCCUGGACUUCGAGGCCCGGCGGCCCAUCUAUGAGCCUCUGCAUACCCGCUGGCCCCACAACUUCUCCGGCCUCUUUCUGCUCACCGUGGGCAGCAGCGUCCUGACCGCGUUCCUCCUGAGCCAGCUGGUCCGGCGCAAGCUGGACCAGAAGACCCAGUGAAUGGGGGUUGGCGGCUGGGAGGGAGGGAGGUGUCAUGGGCACCAAGGGGUCUGGGCUUGGCUCCAGAUGGGAACAAGGCCUAGUAAAGUUGCUUGUGUCUGGCCUGUGGUGACUUUCUGGCGAUGCCUGAGCUGCCGAGGGUGGUAGUGGCGGGUCCUUUGGGGAUUUGGGAGUUGGCCGGGAGCUGCUGGGGCUUAACUCUGGGCCUUCCCUGGCUCCUUGCCUUGGGAGAGGAAAAGAGAUAAAAAUGGGGGCUUCCCUGGUUUGCCUCCCCCUCCUCCCCACCAUCGCCCCUCACUAGGGAUGAGGAUCAGGGAUCAGCUGUGCCCAGGACCUUGGUUUGUAGCUUCCAGAUUAUCUGAGAGGGGGUGAAAGUGGGAUUUAGGCCAGAGUCUGCUUUGAUCUGAGAGGCAGAAGAGGCCUGAGCAAGCCCCCUCUACCCAGAUUUCUCUGGCGGAUAGGAAAGGGGGAGGCUCCAAAUGUGUGCAGCCUCCUCAUACCGUCCCUUGACCUUCAGCCUGGAGUUUUAGAGUUCCACGAAGUCCCCAAAGGUAGAAGAUUGUGCCGGGUGGAAAUGGAUCCCAUCAGUGCCUCGUCCCUCUUCAGUCAGCUCCCCACACAGUGAGCCCCAGCCUCUCUUGCUCUGGCCUCCAUGUCCUUCACAUCCUGUUCCCAGCCUCUCUCCUGGUUUCCUUGAUCAUGGUUCAGGUGUGCGUCCAGUGAAACGUUUCCUGGGCCUCUGCUCAGAGGCAGGCCAUCAGCUGGCCUGUGCAUCAAUGCAGGAGGAUAAAAGCUUUAAUAUCAGAAUGAUCUGUCAGGGGAAGUGCUGAGGGGGGAAGAAUCAGUGCUGCCUGUGACCCUCAAGGUCUUGGGUUGGGAAGGGUGAAUAGGAGUUUGCAGAUGAAGAAGUGCAUUCCUGGUAGAGGCAAAACGUAUACAAAGGCCAGAGGUACGAAAGGAUUUCAGUGGGGCUGUACUUAGGGGUGGUCUGGACUCUGAUGCAAUAAAGUGACUGUGGUAACACCA